AUGUGUGGUAAAGGCACACUGCUGGCGGAGGCUGCGGUUUGGUGGCCCAAUGCCAGCUUUGCGGGGUGCGAUGUGGAUAUCGACCAACUGGACUGCUGCCGGACCAACUUUGAGUGGCUGCAGCGAAGGAUCCAAUUGUUCCAGGCGAAUGCAACCAAGCCAGGAGGCAUACCCUUCCAGAAUAACUCGGUGGACAAGGUCUUGGUAGCACCUCCAUGGAACCGGCAGUUUCGGAUCUGCGGUGAACCACAAAUCUUCUACCAGGCCAUGUUUGAAGAGAUCCUGCGAGUUCUGCAUCCCACUGGAAGGUUGGUCUUCGUUGGCGCGAGUGGGAAGGUCAUACACAAACUGGAGGUUGCCCUUCGCAACGCUAGGGCCAAGGUCGACGGCGGCUGGAGUAUUGUAGCCAAACGCAGCUUCUUCCUGACUGGCAAAGUGACGGCUGUAAUGGCCGUGGCAGAGAAUGUUGGGCAUGAGAGCUUACAGGAUGUUGGGUGGAAGGGUCUUGCUUGGGAGGGUCAGGCACCAGAUAACGGAAGGGACCUGUACAAUCAUUGGAGGAUGCUGCGAGCGCUUGACUUUCCGACAUUGCGUCCCGCGUUUGAGACGGCACUGCCCUCCGAGCCAGUUCUCAUCCAUAGACACAUCAGCAACAGCCGUUACCGAGGGUUCGGUUGGCUUAUGACAUCUGCUUUGCUCAUCGGAUUGUGGGCAUUGAAGCGGCAGGUACUGUAA